CUAUUUUCAGUUCUUGACGUGCUACGGGCACUUGAUCAACUUUUGAAGAAUGAUGGCUCGCAAUGGACGCACCGCGCGUCCCUUGGAACUAUACGCUGCCUAACGGGAACGUUGCCGUAACGAUGGAUGUGUGCUUUCAAAUGUUGCGGGAUCAGGGUAUCCCGCCUGUUCCCGAGCCCACUGAUGGCAGCUUAUGGUGCAAUGCCACUUAUGACACAGUAUUAUGCUGGCCGCCAACGCCGGCAAACACGAGCAUUGUGUUGCCAUGCCCACCCCUUAAAGGACUGGAUCCGACACGAAAUAUUACGAAGAAAUGCCAUUGGACCGGAAAUUGGCAAGGACGAACCGAGAACGAUUUUGCUAGAGAUCACGGAUGGACGAAUUUUACUAUGUGCUACACGGAUGAAGUCAUCUACAUUAUGAAUAAUCUCAACAACGAGUCGCUCGGGAUUGCUCAAGAAGUGGCGAAAAACGCACGUAAACUCGAAUUUGUUGGAUUAGGUUUGUCCCUUGUGAGCCUUAUUGUGUCAAUUGCGAUAUUUUCCUACUUUCGGCGGUUGCGGGUUUUUCGCAAUAUGCUGCAUUUACAUUUGAUGAUCGCGAUUCUGAUGGUGGUCAUUAUUAGACUCGUGCUGUAUAUUGACUUGAUAUUCACUGGAAAUCAAAGUCCUCAUCAAAGUCCGUCAGACGGAAAAACUAUAAACACAAUGCCAUUCGUAUGUGAAGCUAUGUAUUUCUUGCUGGAGUACUUCAAAACGGUAGCAUUUGGUUGGAUGUUCCUAGAAGGUUUCUAUUUACAUAACCAAUUGGUGCUCACUGUUUUUAACUCUGAGCCGCGGCUUACGCCAUACCUAUUGGCUGGAUACGGUAUUCCUGGCGUUCAUACGCUGAUUUGGCUACUUGUAGUGCUGAUAAAAAAAGACUUCAAGGUAGAGCGGUGCCUAGGCUCGUAUUAUCUGGAACCGGAGUUUUGGAUACUUGAUGGUCCCCGAAUGGCAGAGCUUGUGGUCAAUCUCUUUUUCAUUUGUAAUGUGAUACGAGUAUUGUGGUCAAAAGUUCGCGAGAGUCACAGCACCAGCGAACUUGAAAAAAUGAAAAAAAGCGUUAAAGCUGCCUUAAUGCUUAUACCUUUGCUUGGCAUACCGAACAUCAUGCAAACGAUACCGUUUGCACCAACAAGGGACAAUAUUACGAUAUUUGCCAUAUGGACCUAUCUUGCCUCGUUUACGUACAUGUAUCAGGGCCUUAUGAUUACAAUCAUUUACUGCUUCACGAAUAAAGAGGUGAAUAUGGUUUUGAAAACGUUCUAUGAUCGGUAUAGGCUGCAGCAUACAAGCCAACAUGAAUUGAGAAGAGGCUCACGUUCUAUAGCAUCUCAUUAUCAAGCACGAAAUGGGCAAAUGACUGGGGUGACAAUCGCGACAGACAACAACAAUUCCACUUUGUCUCCGUACAGUCAACGAUCUAAGAAGGGUAGCGGCGAUUCAACGACUAAAUUGAUGUUGAGCGUCCCGCAAUGCGGUGAUGAGAUUGUAAAUAAUAAUGGCUACGAAGCUGCUAGUGAACGAACGCCCCUCAAAACGCAAUGUGAUUGCACAGAAGAGAUACGGACAACACCGAUGAUUAAUGGGCAACACGUUGCCUAGCCUUCGAAAUCCACUUUUAGAUAUAAUUUCUCAUCAGCGCUCGCCAGUUGAUAUUCAUAUUCUCUCUGAACAAAGAUUCGCUUCAAACUGUAGGUCAAAGUCAUCGUUAUCUGUUUCGUUUUUUCUCUUGUAUAUUCAUUAACGGUGAAACCGGUACGGGUCAUUGAUUUCAUGGAAAUAUACAUGUUCUGAUUAUUUUGUUGUUCGCAUUGUUCAAUAGAGUGGUAUAAUUUUUCUUCAAUCUUUUUGUCCCAGUAGUUUUCUCAUGGUCUGCUUGAUGACGAAUAAUCUUGUUGAAGCUCAUGCCACAUUACAAUGCCGCUCAUAAAGUGAUUAUUAAUUGGUUUCGCAUACUUGACGUCCAAGUCAUCUCUUUCAUGCUUGCUAAGGGUUGAAGUCAGGUUACGUUUUGUUGACGAUUUAGUGUUUACUUUUUUGAUUUUUGGUGUAUCUAAAAUUUUGAUUCUAACCGGAAUAUAAUGCUUGUUUUGCAAAAUUAAGAAAAUCUAACCUGACUUCAUAC